AGUCCGGCGGUCGCGACGCGUUAAAUUUAAAUUCAACAUCGCUUUAAUUGAGAGGCUCGAGUUCAAUCAGCGAUCAGUAAUAAUUGAACAACGAUGGACGCGAGAUCAUCUGAUAUAACGUCGAUCAAAAGUGGUUUGAUCGAAACGAAUAACAACGAAGUGUCGUCGGCAUAUGGUGAUCAGGUGACUGAUAACUCGCGAAAGAAUUCGGAAUCGUCGAAAAAUUCGAGUCGCAUCAUUGGAACUAACGAUGUUAUACCAAACAAGUUUGAGAAACAGCUUUCUUUACAAGAUUUGUUUGCCAACAGAAGCAAAAGUGAGAAUAAGGCAUCAUUACAAAGAAAGCGGUCAAACUCAGAUGGAGGCAUAAGUUCACAACCGGAAAAUGCUGAGGCCUUUCCCAGCUUACCUAAUUCCGUGUUACAAAAGUUGGGACUUUAUGGUGACGUAAAUAGAGAACGUUUGAAGAACGAAGAAACUCUAGAACAGAAAUUUACUAGUCUAUCUUUAGCAUUUACCAUAGAUGCGACAACGAUCAAAAAUAGGUGCGAAAGGCAGAGAAGAGCCAGAGAUCAAACAGAGAGUAAUUUAAAUGUAGAAGUAGAAAAAUUGAAAAAGAACCUAGGACUACUUAAACCACUUUGCAUUAAUUUUGAGACUGCUGAUCUUCUUUCUACAUUAUAUUCGCAGAUUGAAACUUUAACAAAAGCAGCAUCGCUGGUAUCGAUUGCAGCAGAAAGAUACGGAGCAGUACAGCAUGAAGACCGAUUGACAGAUUCAGUUAACUUGAUGGUAAACUACGUUCAAGCUUUAAAACAGCAAAGAGAUACGGCAAGGCGACAAGUUCAAUAUACAAAGAAAGUUUUACAAGAACCAAUUCAUCCAGUAACGUUAAGUCCAACGAAUAGUCAAAGGGGUUUUCUAGGCAUAAAUAAAAAAUUUAUUGGCAAACGUCGUGCUAGCACUGAUUCAGUUAAUUUUAAUAAUAUUCAUCCAGUUCAGACAGAGACAAAUUUUAAAUUGAACCGAAGAACAUCUGAUAUUUCGUUUAGAGCUUCACUUUUAAAAGGGAGGCCGAGUCGAUUGGAAUUAGGAAUGGAACUAAAUAAAAUUAAAGAAAACACAAUAGUUGAAAAUAUUAAGGAAGCUCCCAUUGACAACCUCCCCGAGACUCUACAAAUAGAAACAGAAGUAACUAAGGAAGAAGUUGAUAUAAACUCAGACUCCGAUCUCGAAUUGAAUGGGGAUAUACCAAGAAUCCAAAAUACAGUUCCUAGUAGUAAUACUGUUAUUAUUACUUUGUCUAGCGAAAUAAGGUUAAAGUUUUCAUCCCUUAUAGAAGAUCUCCAUACACUUCUAGUUGAAUUUUUUAAAAGGUGGUCACAAAAGGGAUACAUGCAUAUGUUCCUGAAUUCGUGUGCAGUUUUAUGUUUUUUUGUUAGUAUAUUAACAUUAGUGAAUACACUUUUAGAAUAUAAAACCGGAAUCUUAAAAUUAAGUAACUAAUUUAUUUUUUUCAUAGACUAUAAUGCAAAUAAAUAAAUCUUUGUUUGUUGUAAUCUGUGAAUGUAGGUAUUUAAGUAAUUGUGUGUAUGAUAUAGAAAAAUGUAUCUAAUUAUUGUAAUAAAAUUAAAUAGCUGUGUU